CACUCCGCCCCCGGCACGGCAGCCACGCGUCAGUCUCACCCGACUGACCUCCUGUCCCUAACUUCCCUCUUCGAUUCCUGACCCGCGCACAUUGAACUCACGCGGUUACCACCGGCGAAGACGCAUCGCGCGCGGCCAUCGUCAGUUGCUUCGUUCAGUUGCUCUCCGACCGGAAGUGCUACUGGAACUCGCCUCCCGGAACCAUGUUCGCGACACCGAACUGGCCUAAGCUCGGAUACUACGCUCGGACGACGAGAGUGAAACGGGACGAGCGUUACACGCACAGUGGCCGCAGACCGUGUUAAAGACUCCACUUGCUCCGCGAGGAUUUGUUAUUAAGAACUCGAAGAACAUGGAAACAAACAUCGGGAGGAUCGUAGGAUUCAGAUCGUCGAUCCUUUCGCGAUGGCGAUCCGGCAAGCACGAUAGUGAUAGUUGAACAGAAAAGAAGAAAGAGGGAAGUUGGUUCGCAUUUAGGACAUUCUCGUGCAAGUAAAUCGGUCGCUGCGUGUCGAUCCGGGUGGUGGCUGGUGUUCAGUGCGCGCGUCCGCGAUUAUCCGCGAUACUUGUUUGCCACGAGAUGUUCAACGAAACCUAAACAUCGAUACGACUCGACUAAAUCGUCGAGAUUGUUUGGUGAAGCUAACGAUAUGAGCAAGCUUCUUUUUCUAUGGUGUGUUGUUCACGUCAGAAAUGCGCGUCGUCGAUUGCCGGUGUUUUGAUCAUUCGACCACGUGUUCCCGCGGAUAAAUUCCAACGACGGGCCUAACGAUUUUUGUAGCGAUUCGUUAUCGGUAGAAAAGAAUUAGUAGCGUGAAAACAGAGAAGAAAGUUGUUAACAUAGAGGAAAAUUCGUCAAAUCCACUUCAAAAUGUAAGAAUCCCACAGUCAUCGUAGAUCGAAGUUCUAUUAAAAGUCAUUAUUAGAGGAUUUAGUGAUCGUUGUCGUUAUAGUGAAAAUUUAUUCUACAAGAAUCUUCGAUAUUACAUAGAUAUAUCUAUAUAUAAUAUAUUUGAGAGAUAUAUACCGUUGUUCACGGUCAGUGUAAAGUCAGUUAAGAAGAAGGAAGAAAUAAAUUUAUCGAAUGAAAGAGAAAAACGGAGAACAUCCCAAAGAGAGAGAAAGAAGGAGAGAAGGAGAGAGAGAGAGAGAGAUAUGUUUGCAAAGCGAGAAGAUUGAAUUCUCUGGCUGGAACACCGUUCGGUUAACGAGCCGGCACUCUAAAUAUAAUAAUGGUCGUGAGUUCGCACUUUAAUCCGGGCAACAAUCGGGUAGUAAUUAAUAACGAUCGAUUCGCGCGAGAAUUCCGAGUGUUGAAUUAACGGUCUCCAGUAUACAAUUAAUCAAAUGUUAUUUCGAAAUAUUAUACGAUCUCUAGCGAUCACUGGCGAUACGGAACAAAGCUUCGACGGCCUAUAUCGAUUCAAGCAACGAGAACAAACGAACACUGAGCCUAAAUAACGAGAGUAUCGCUUCAUCGCGCGAAACGUUGGAACUGAAAACAUUCGAGUGUUAGAAGAAGACUAAGGAAGGAGGAAUGAAAGAAUUGACGCGAUCUACAGAAAAAUGAAAAUAGAGAUCGGUCGUUGACUCGACGAUACGCACGGGUGUGCAUACGUUUAAACGUGGAACGGUAGACGACAGCAAGAAGUUUAUCGAUUUGUUCGCGCGUGAGCCAACAUGUCGCGCGCGAAAUGUGCACAACCUUUUCCUUCGCGUACUGCUCAAGAACCAAGGGACAACGACGAGCAACUUAUUGAAACUCGGCAAUCCGUCUUGGAUAUCGUCCCUGAUAAAACGCUUUAAUCGUUUUACUUUCUCUAACGGGGUACCCCACGUGGACUACGUGGAAUUAGUGAAAAUUGAAAGACAAACUGUUAAACGCGUUCAAAUUUUGAGGAAACAGAGAUUUUUUAGGCUUGAGAGAGUCUUAUAUUUGGCAAGAAGCGACACAAAGAUGAUCGCGCAGCCGGGCACCUAAUCGGUCGUGUCCUGACGCUGCUAAUAGCCAAAUGGGCGAACCGAAACCCGCUUCGUCUCCGCAGCCCAACGGCGGGGUGAAACAGAAGCCGACCAGCCUGAAUCUAGCGCCGGGUCCCGGUUUCUAUCGCAAUGUUAACGGACGCGCGAGUCUGAAUGAUCGUCAUCUACAGCACGUCACCGCUGUCGUCGGCGGUGAACGCGUCACACGCGUCGUCAACAAGUCCGCCUCGCCAAGUCCUGCCGGCGCAGUCAACAGUACAGAGCCCGCUGGUUGCAAUUCAGCAACCAACGCCGCCGUCCAGCUACCAGCUCUACCAACAGUACCACCACUAUCAGCAUUAUCUUCAACGUGGUCGCUGUCUGCAGAACUUGAAAAUCUGCUGGAACCCCCGCCCCCACCGGCCCCAACACACGCCCCCGCUAUCACACGUCGAGCGACCGGGGUCCUCGUCAAUGAUCAUCACCAACAGCAGCAUCAGCAGCAACACCAGCACCAGCAGCAGCAGCAACAACCAACAACGCAGCAACGUAACAGCGUACAAUCGUCACCGAUCAACCAGCUGCCCACCCGCAGCCCGAGUCACAAUGGUCACGGAUUCCCAUUGUACACCCCACCAGCCCCGAUACCAGCAUCCGGCGCAAAUAAAAUUCGCUCUACUCCCAACGGUCUACCCCAGCCAACAGCACCGAGGCGUCCUCAUAGUAUUACCGCUCCACCAUACCUCCAUGUCGCAAAUGUCCACCAUUCCCUUGGUCAGCUCGGUAGCCGAGCAAACGCAACGUCAACAUUACCAUCCUCACCAGCAGCAGCAUCAGCAACCGUAUCAACAGGCACACCAACAGGAGCAACAACACCGUCAUCGUGGAGCAGCAACGUUGGCGCAGCAAGCUCAGCUGCCGUUGUAUCAGGGCUGGUACAACGGCGCGCCCAUUCGGUCGCCGGUACUCCAGUAUCUCUACCCUCCAACGGUGGUAACAACAAUGGCAGCGGCAUCAAUGGUGUCAACGGUCAACAGGAACCACGGGGCGGCAGCGGCGGGAACGGCGGGAACGGUGCCCCAUCCGUCAACGGUACAGUGGGACCCACGACUCGCAGCGUUGUACCACCCCAGUCUCUAUGGAACGGGCAACUUCAGCAACAACUUGUACCUAGGCGGCCACACAGCAUCGCCUCGACACCCGUUACAACUUCAACAGGCAUGUCUGCAGCAGGUUCAGCAACAUCAGCAACCGGCGUAUCAUCGUCCACUCGUACAACAGGCGGCGGCGGCGGCGAGCCUCUACAGUGGGGCUCCUCUGGAAUGGUGUUGCACCAACCCAUACCUCGCAGGGCGUACGCCUCGACCCUGCCACAUCCCCAGCCACCCACGCCCACGUCACAAGGGCCCGCUCUGAGCAUUCUAACGAAUCCCGGUAAUUCGAACACGUGGACGCCGGGCGCUGGGCUUCGAUCCAGGCCUCAUAGCAUCGCCAGUACGCCGCAAACUGCUCCGAUGCCGCCCGCCUCGCCUUCCGAUUCCGGUUAUCGAUCCCUGCCAUCCGCCGCCAGCGAUUAUCAGAUUCUCAAGUCUCCCUCGAGAUCUCAGCAGCAGACGCAGCAGGGUCAACAGCAGCAGAACCAGACCACAGCCACGCGGCGUCUCUCCCUGCCGUCUGCUCAGUCUUUGCUUCGAGCGAACGCGCCCCGACCGAGUCCCACGUUUCACGGAUUACCAUUCCGACCGUUUAAUUGUGGCGUCUCGCCGAACGGCAACCCGAUUUUCCUCGGAUGCACUCAUCUGCACAACAGCAGCUCCGGCGGCACCGGCAGCAGUACCGGAACCAGAACCUCGACGCCUGCCACCAGCCCGGCGACGCCGCUCACAACCUCGCAAGCGAUACAACAGCUGCUGGCACAGCCACGGAACGGCUUCAAGAUAGUGGACGAUAAGGUAUCGCUGUUUAUCGAGAUCCUCGACACGCAGGAGAGGUUCGCCAAGGAUGCCUGUGUCGGUUUUGUUUGGUUCACUGGGUUAAUUAAUUCCCUGUCCUCGACGAAUUUAGAACGAGGGUAAGGAUAUUGAAAGAAGUGGUCAGAACUAGGUUACGCAUAGAUUAUCUGUUCUGCUCGACUCCACGUUUGUUCAGCCUUAUCGACGUUAAUUACUAAAAACGUCUGUUUGCCCGUGGAAUAUCUUUCAGUAACUGUAAGAUUUGUACAGUAAACUGUAAUACGAUAAAUCAACGUUUCUGAAAACCGUGCGGCCAUAAUUCAGCUUUUCCAGUUCAUAUUUGUUAAGUCUCUUCCCUUCGUUGUUUGCCUUUUCAAGCUGACACUGCGUAGCGUCGCGUCCAACUUCUGUUCCUCUACUUCCCGUCCAAACAUGGGUGCAGGCGAAUGUUCGUCUCGUCCUUCACGUCUUCUUCUCUCAUUUCAAACGACGGAAUUUCCGGAUACAGAAAUUUCACACUUAAAUUAUUUGGAGAUCAAAGCUCGAUUCUUAUUCAAUAUCUAUCUACUAUUUGAAGGAUGGAAAUAGAAAAAAAAUGUAUUUAAAAUUCGUUAAAAUUUUUAAAGAAUUCACUACAUGAAUCCAGAAUUUUUUAUUUAGUGUCACAUUUCUUAAGAGAGUCCACAGAAAAUAUAUAAUCCUCUAAUUCAGUAUCUUUAUCAUUUGGAAACAUGAAGAGUGCAUAAAGUUUUUCUUAUUUUUCAAUUUAAUAAGACAUUUACGUAUGCCUGCCGAAUCGGCGAAAUGUAACAUUGACCGGAAUUAAAUAUCGUCAUUAAUUUGAUGUUUCACAAUAGUUUUUGGGGACACACAUCGUAAUAUAGUGCAAAUAACACUUUUACUUUUUAUAUGCUUGUUACACUGUGCAUUGGUUUGGGUUUGAAUCGAUAGCGUCCGACGAUGAGCACGAAUCCUAUCUUGGCAUGGCAUCCAUCGUGCCGGCAUCAUACAUAAAUUUCGGCCUUGAAAAAUAAAUGUGUUUGCUCGCGUUUCCCUUCCUUCGAUGCCUCCUCUUCUUCCUCUUCUACAGAUCGAUCGCUGAGAAACUGAGAAAAAGUAGAAAAUAAGAGAAUUUGAGAGGCCGACCAGACACGAGACUCUGCACACUUCUCGCGUCGGGUUAACUUUAUGAUUUUCCGCCUGCCGUAUCGCAAUAUUAUUUACACGUGGUUUAAAAGUAGAACCUUCGGAUUCCACUUAGAGUAUGAAAUAUAAAAAUAUGGAUACGAUAUUUCUGUACAGAGAUAAGUACCUUUAUAAAUUGACUCGUACUGAUCAGGAAAACAUAAAAAUGUAAUGUGGAUUUAGUAAAAAAAUAAUCAACUUCUAAA